AUGCAGGGCAUCCAACCUGAAGAUCCUGGUCGCUUCUUAAGUGACGCCCGUCACCCUUUCUCCCAUGAAUCCUACUAUCCCACUAUCGACCACAGCGACACGCGCUCACCAGUACCUGAGCACCUUGCUCUCCACUCAUUUCCUAGUCCGACCCAUACGCCAAACUACCACCAAUACUUGCCAUGGCCUGGUGCUUAUUCUGCUGCGGUCAACGACUCGGAAGGGCAAGCAUUCCAAGACAUAUCGAUUCCUACAGAUUCGACAUAUGGGCACGGCAACCUGGACCAGCAGCCACAUGAACGGCGCGGAAUGACCGUUGAUGCGGCCAGUGGGUCACCUGUACCUGAAGACCAUCUCAUUGCGGGCGCGACGGGCGGCGUUCGCUUCUCACAGGUCUCAACGAAUCGCACGAUUUAUGAGUAUCAUGAACCCUUCAACGUCAAGGCGGAAAGCGAUCAUCACGGACAGUCUACCAGCCUUCCCGCCAUCGCCGACGGCAUUACCACGCGAGACAGGUUUGUGGACCUGCGGCGGUUGCCUCGUUACGACUCGUUGUUGACUGCCAGUGAUGAUAUGUGGACAGGCUCCCUGGAGCUACUCGAGCUGACAGCGUCACUGGAACGGCGGGUGAUUCCGAACAGGCCUGGGCCGCGCUAG